GCAUCCAGCUACCACAUGGAACUUGAAGGGUUGAAGAGAGGCAUUGCUGCCUUACAAGAGAUGGGGAUACAAAUAAAAGAGAUUGUAACAGAUCGCCACAUGCAGAUACAAAAAUGGUUGAGAGAUAACCAUCAUGAGAUCAAGCAUUCGUAUGACGUCUGGCAUGUGGCUAAAGCUGUCAAGAAGAAGCUGGUUGCCCUGUCAAAGCAGAAGGAUUGUGAUCAUCUCUUCAAGUGGAUAAAGAGCAUCACGAACCAUCUGUACUGGGCAGCAGCCUCCACUUCAGAUGAAGAUGGGGCGGUGAUCGUGUCCAAGUGGAAGUCUGUCUCCAACCACAUACAGAACAUCCAUCAUCGCCAUGAUGGUCCCUUCACCGACAGUCAACAUGAGGAGCUCGCUGAUAGGGAUUGGUUGAAACCAGGAAGCAAAGCAGCUGUGAAGGUUGAGGAGAUAGUUCUCAGCAAGCGCCUUUGCACAGAUGUGGCUAAACUGUCAACUGGCUACCAGACGUCUACACUGGAAAGUUUCCACGCCACCAUUAAUCACUUUGCCCCAAAGAUGAUGAGCUUUUCAUAUCAUGGGCAAGCCUGUAGGCAGAUUAUCGCAGCACUUCAUUUUAAUGAAAACGUCCACAGAGAAGUGGCAACAAAUACGGACGGGACAGAGAAGCAUGUGGUUGUAUUUCCAAAAUACAAGAGUGGGGAUGAUUUCUCAAUGAAACCAACAAUGGUUGACCAAACGUUUGAUUAUGUGGACAAGCUCAUGAAUAUGGUGUUUGAAAUAUGUGAAUCGAACCAACCGACAGUGAUGGCAACACCUGCUCCACCUCCAUUAACAAAUGGCAAGCGCAGACCCACAGAAGAGGAACUGCAAACAGUUGUGGCAAGGCGGUUUAAGCGUUUAUGCUACUAGUGUGUUAGUGUUGUCAAAAGGCAUUCGUGGUGCACACACACAGCUAUUUUUAAACAUUAUGUUUGUGUCUUGUUUUUUUAAUGUUUGUAGGUGCUAUUAAUUCUCUGAAUGUUUGUAAGUGCAAAGAUUUUCUAUAAGCUCAUUGCCU